AUGCCGGAUGCAGCCAGCCACCUGCCCUUCUUCUACGGCAGCAUUUCCCGGUCGGAGGCCGAGGAGUACCUCAAACUGGCGGGCAUGUCGGACGGCCUCUUCCUGCUGCGCCAGUGCCUGCGGAGCCUGGGGGGCUACGUCCUCUCCAUGGUGCACAACCUGCAGUUCUACCACUACCCCAUCGAGCGCCAGCUGAACGGCACCUACGCCAUCGCGGGGGGCAAGGCGCACUGCGGGCCGGAGGAGCUCUGCGAAUUCUACUCCAAGGACGCCGACGGGCUCUGCUGCACCCUCCGCAAGCCCUGCAACCGCCCCAGCAGCGUGGAGCUCCAGCCCGGCGUCUUCGACAGCAUGCGGGACAACAUGGUGCGCGAGUACGUGCGGCAGACGUGGAAAUUGGAGGGUGAUGCCCUGGAACAGGCCAUCAUAAGCCAGGCCCCUCAGGUCGAGAAACUCAUUGCCACCACUGCCCACGAGAAGAUGCCCUGGUACCACGGCAACAUCUCCCGGGAGGAGGCUGAACGCAGGCUCUAUUCCGGAGCACAGCCUGAUGGGAAAUUUCUACUGCGAGAAAGGAAGGAAAAUGGCACCUACGCGCUGUCCCUCGUCUAUGGGAAAACAGUGUAUCACUACCGCAUCGACCAGGACAAGUCCGGCAAGUACUCCAUCCCCGAGGGAACCAAGUUUGACACGCUGUGGCAGCUGGUGGAGUACUUGAAACUCAAGCCAGACGGACUGAUAUAUUUCCUGAAGGAAAGCUGCCAUAAUCCCAAUAUGCCGGCAGCAACCGUGGCACCCCUCCCGCCGGCCCACCCCUCCGGAAGCGCCCAGAGACACCUGGGGGCUCUUAACGCAGACGGAUACACCCCGGAGCCCAUAGGCCCAGGGAAAUCGCGCCUCCUGCCCAUGGACACCAGCGUCUACGAGAGCCCCUACAGUGACCCGGAGGAGCUGAAGGACAAGAAGCUCUUCCUGAAGAGGGACCACCUGAUGAUUGACGAGGUGGAACUGGGGUCAGGGAACUUCGGCUGCGUCAGGAAAGGAGUCUACAAGAUGCGGAAGAAGCAGAUCGAUGUGGCCAUCAAGGUGCUGAAGAGCAACAACGAGAAGGCCGUGAAGGAUGAAAUGAUGAAGGAGGCACAGAUCAUGCACCAGUUGGAUAACCCCUACAUCGUCCGCAUGAUCGGGGUUUGCGAGGCAGAGUCCCUGAUGCUGGUCAUGGAGAUGGCCUCGGGCGGGCCACUCAAUAAGUUCUUGGCUUCCAAGAGAGAGGAGAUUCCAGUGAGCAAUAUUGUAGAGCUGAUGCACCAGGUGGCUAUCGGGAUGAAGUACUUGGAGGAGAAAAACUUCGUCCACAGAGACCUGGCUGCCAGAAAUGUCCUGCUAGUCAACCAGCAUUAUGCCAAGAUCAGUGACUUUGGACUCUCCAAGGCGCUUGCAGCUGAUGACAGCUAUUACAAGGCCAGGACGGCUGGAAAGUGGCCCCUGAAAUGGUACGCGCCAGAGUGUAUCCUGUACCACAAGUUCUCCAGCAAGAGUGACGUGUGGAGUUAUGGUGUGACCAUGUGGGAGGCCUUCACCUACGGGCAGAAACCGUACAAGAAAAUGAAAGGCCCCGAGGUGAUCAGUUUCAUAGAGCAAGGGAAGCGCAUGGAGUGCCCAGCAGAUUGCCCAGCAGAGAUGUACAAGCUGAUGCUGCAGUGUUGGACCUACAAGUGGGAAGAUCGCCCAGGGUUUGCAGCGGUGGAAACCAUCAUCCGUUCCUAUUACUACAGUAUCGCCGCCAAGACAGAAAAGGGGCCAGAGGAGACGGAGGAGGAGGACAAUGCGAAAGCAGCUUGCCCCUGA